AUGGGUAUCUGGUCCCCCGUGGAGCAGACCACAGUGGAGACUGCUCGGGGUCUGCUGAAGUCCGUUUUCUGCGUCUUCCUCAGCACGGGGCUGGACUGGAUCUCUUGGUCUUCUCUGCGAAAGACAGAACGUGGGUGUACCUGUGGCCUGCCUUUGACCAAGCGUGAGGGCAUUGCCUGGGGCCUUCAGGACGUUGAGUCCUCAUGCUCUAUUUGUCAGCAGUUGAGUCGGAGUGACAUGAACUACACUGAGGACGCCCUGCUGCAAUAUCCUGACUGGAGAGGGCAGCCAUUCCUGCGGGAAGAAGUGGCCCAGUUCCUGACCUACUACUGCAAGUCACCUGCCCGCCUUGAUCCAGAAAACGUGAACUUGCUGAACAACUAGUGUUCCACCUACUCUGGACUGACAGCGUUGUCUCCCUGUGCUUCCAGAGGCCCUUCUGUCCCCCACCCCUUCUAUGGUGGCUUCGUCUUGAGCUCCCGCCUGUAUUCGAAAGUUGAGCUGAUUCCUGUUCACCUGGACAGUGAGAUCACUGAUGGGAACACUCAUCCAUUCCAGCUCACUGUGGACAAGCUGGAGCAAGCCCUGCUUGAGGCUAGGCUGAAGGGGAAAAAGGUCAGAGGCCUCGUGCUAACCAACCCUCAGAAUCCUCUGGGAGACGUCUACUCCCGGCGCUCACUGAAGAAAUAUCUCGAAUUUGCCAAGAGGUACAGCCUACAUGUGAUUAUAGAUGAGAUUUACAUGCUGUCUGUGUUUGAUGAAUCCAUCACCUUCCACAGGGUUCUGAGCAUGGAAAGUUUGCCUGACCCCAACAGGACCCAUGUGAUCUGGGGCACCCGUAAGGAUUUCGGCAUCUCUGGCUUCCGCUUGGGCGCUGUGUACACCCACAACUAGGAGAUGGCCUCUGCCAUGAGCUGUUUUGGCUACCUCCAUGGCAUCUCUGGGAUCACCCAGCACAAGCUCUGUCGGCUGCUCCAGGACAGAGAAUGGAUUCACAAAGUGUACCUGCCCACAAAUCGCUCCUGGCUGCAGGCAGCUCACAGGUACAUCACUAACAAGUUGAAGGCAUUGACGAUCCCCUUUCUCAAUCGUGGCUCCGGCCUCUAUGUCUGGAUCAACUUGAAAAAGUACUUGGACCCGUGUACAUUUGAGGAAGGGCUGCUCCAUCGCUGUUUCCUGGACAACAAGCUGAUAUUGUCCUGUGACAAGACCUACCUCUGUAAGGAGCCUGGCUGGUUCCAUCUCGUCUUUGCAGAUAAGCCCCUCCGGCUAAAACUCGCCAUGCGUCGGUUCUGUCAGGUGCUUGUGGAGGAGAGGCAGGAUUUGAUAGUGAAGCAACUGGAGGAUACACUGAGGGAGUAAGCGGCCUGCCUCCCAACCAGGGGCUCCAGCCAGUCACACGCUCAGGGCGUCCCACAUGCUCCGCCCCUGGUCCAGAAGGCUGGGGUAUUGACCU